AUGGUCUCCACGAAUUCUAUAGCCCUCCUCUUCGUAGUUCUGACCCUUUUCCUGUCCAGGAGUAUCCAUAAAAAUGGAAAAUCGGAGCCGCAUCUUCCCCCUGGUCCUGCCCCGUGGCCCAUCAUUGGUUGUGUGCCCGAGAUGCUGCGUGAAAAGUCGACAUUCCGGUGGAUACAUUGCCUCGUGAAGGAGAUGGACACUGACAUUGCCAUUAUUCGGCUUGGCAAUGUUCAUGUCAUUCCCGUGACAUGCCCUGAAAUCGCCCAAGAGUUCCUCAAGAAGCACGAUGCAACAUUUUCAUCGAGGCCUACUUCGAUGGCAACACGAAUAUAUAGUCGUGGAUACCUCACAGCAGGUAUAACUCCUUAUGGCAACCAAUCGAAAAAAAUGAGGAGAGUUUUAGUUUCUGAAAAAAUCUCCCCCGCAAGACAUCAUUGGCUCAUGGAUAAAAGAACCGGUGAAGCGGACAAUCUGGUUAGGUAUAUUUACAAUCGAAGCAAAAGCUCGAGCGGAACUGUAAAUGUGAGGACCGUCACCAGACAAUAUACUGGAAACGUAAUCCGGAAAUUAGUGUUUGGUAAAAGAUGCAUCAGAGUGGAAAGGGCAGACGGUGGACCGACCAUUGCUGAGGAAGAACACGUGGAGGCAAUAUUUACCAGAAUUAAGUAUUUAUAUGCACUUUGCAUAUCUGACUAUUUUCCUUGUAUGUCUCAAAGAAGAAGGGCUUGCCUCGACGGCUUUGUUUUACUUCUGUGCACAACAGCAGGGGACUAUGGUCAGAACCCACUGCAGAGGUAUCCCCAGCAUUCAGAUUCUGAAAACCCUGUUGGAGGACAGGUGAUGGAGGGGAUGCGACCAUUAAGGAAAACAUCGAGGCAGUGCUUGGUGGAAGGAUUGGAGGAAACAGGACAGCCUUAUGAGUUGGAAAUUGUUGAACUGGAGGAUGGAGGUGCUGCUCAGGUUGGGGGUGUGCAGAGGAGAGGUAACGCGGGGAGUUUGUUGGUCAGUGUAGGAGGAGUUUCAGGAAUCACUUCUUCAGUGUCUUCGGGAUCAAGAGCUGGAGUCGGAGCUGCGAGGGAUGAGGAGAAUGUAAAGACAGAAGCGAGGAGAAGGGAUGUAGAGAGGAAACUGCCGGACCAGCCGUCAGACUCAAGGAUAAAAAAAUGGAGGAGUUUCGGCAACUCGAACGAGGAAUCUACCAUCGAUGAGCCUCAUGAUUUGCUUGAUGUUCUUAUUACACUAAAAGAUUCAGAGGGAAAGGCACUCCUUACACCUAAAGAAAUCAAAGCACAAAUAACGGAAAUAAUGUUUGCAUCUGUUGAUAAUCCAAAUGCGGUUGAAUGGGUCUUGGCUGAGAUGAUAAACCAACCCGAAAUCCUCAAGACAGCAAUGGAGGAACUAGACAGGGUCGUUGGUAAAGAGCGACUAGUCCGAGAAUGUGACAUCCCACAUCUUAAUUAUAUAAAAGCAUACAUCCGACAGGCCUUCAGGCUCCAUCCAAUCGCACCUUUCGUCCCCACGCACAUGGCCAUGUCCGAUGCCAUUGUCAGCGGCUACUUUAUCCCAAAGGGAAGUCAUGUGGAAGCACUGAAGUAGCUCAUAGAACCGGACUUACACUUCAUUUCCUUCAGCACUAGGCAGCGCGGCUGUGUGGCUCUGAUGCUCGGGACUACGAUGACUGUCAUGCUUCUUGCAAGGAUGGUUGCAGGAUUUGCACAAAAUCGUUUUAUGUGGCCUAUAGAAGUUGAUUAA